AGGCCUGAAAACCUUCACAACUGAACGAUGAAAUCAAACUGAUUGGUGGAUACAGAAUUUGCUAAGUUGCAACUGUUAUGAAAUACCUGAAACGACACCUAAAUAGGAUGCUAAGAAUGAAUUCAAAGAGGACUUUAAUAUUAGGAUUUAUAUUAAUUGUGCUUUGUGGAUUGUUAUUUACGAGGAGCACUGAAUGGUUCUUUGUAUAUUACCAAAAGCCAUGUAGAGACAUUACAUAUAGAAAUAGUGCAAGUGAUAAAGGUAUCACCUACAUGAAACAACCGAAACUGAUACUGGAUGAAACAUUUAAGCAUCAUUUUAAAAUAGAUGGCGCUAUAUUCUCGGAUAAAGGCAUGGCAUUAAGUGUGUCCAAAAACAUCUCAACAUCGCUUGUCUAUUCGUUUUCGCCCAGAGUUGAACAGACCGCAAAAAAGAUGUACCUAUUAAAUGGUCGGGAUAAUACAUUUUAUGCCAAUAGUCCAGCAAUUUUAUGGUUCAAGGGACGACUUUUUACGACACUUAGGAUAUGGUUGCAAAAUGAGGCGUACAACAUUGCAAAAAAAUGGCCAGCAAAUGUGUUUCAAGAUAAUACUAUUUUCACGCAACAAUUUGAUAAAUUCAUGCAGCCAUUGACCAAUGGAUCUCUCGUUGGCAUGGUAACACCAAAAUGGCAUAUAGGUGAUGGUCCAAUCGAGCCAAGACUUUUUACGUUUAGGAACCGUUUAUUAAUGACAUUCAACACUGGCUACAUAUCAUCACUAAAAAAAAUGCGAGAUUUUUCAUUCAUCUGGGAUAUGGAAUCAAAUGUGUUAAUACGUCCUCGAAUCAAGGGCCCAAAACCACAAUCUCAAAUGAGAGACAAACACUGGAUACCAUUCAUAAAGAACAAUGAACUUUACUUCGUACAUGGUUUUGACCCACUCCGUAUUCUAAAAUGCCAAUUAGGUGAUGACGCCUGCGAUUGUAAGUUUGUAAUGCUCCGCGGAAACCUGUCAGCAAUUUUUAGCAAUAUUAAAACUCCUUUAAGGGGUGGGACUCCAAUGGAGAAAUAUAAAGGCUCGUAUUACAUAACUAUUACGCAUGCAACUCUGUUUAAAAAAGCAACAGGCUUGAGGUUCUAUACAUUUAAUCUCGUCGUAUUCUGCACCACACCCAAACCAAGAAUAGUAUAUGCCAGUGGACCUAUAGAAGUCCACCCAGAUCUAUUGAAACGCUAUCCCAUAGUUCGACAUUGGUAUAUUGAAGAGCCGUUUGUAUUUCCUGUAGGGUUGCUCCUUGAGGGAAAGGACAGUGUUAUCAUCGGGGGUCAUAUAAACGACCACAGUAGCGUACUAUUGAGGCUGACUGGGCUACAAGCCAUUAUGAAGACUGUCAUAUCACUAGAUCAAGAAAACUUUAAACCAAAACGAGGGCCUCCUGAUUUCACUGUGCAGGCGUACGUCAAAGAUGCUGCAACCAAGUAUUCAGGAAUUGAGUUCAAAUGACACAGAUGGCCCAUCAUUUUCAGGCAUUCAGUUCCAUUGACACAUAAUGACCUGCAUUUUCAGGCAUUCAAUUCCAUUGACACACAUAUAAUGGCCUGCACUUUCAGGCAUUCAGUUCCAUUGACACAUAUAUAUAUAUGGCCUGCAUUUUCAGGCAUUCAGUUCCAUGGAGAUAUAGGCUAUCAUAUUCAGACAUUCAUUUCUAUUGACACAGAUGGCCUGUCACUUAAAGGC